CAGCGCCCAGCGUCGUCGCCUUCCGCUUCCCGGGGCAGUCACUCGCGCGCGCCGCCUCGCACGCUCAACCUGCCGCUGCACCGGCGCCCGCGCCUCACCUCACCAUCACACCUCCACUGUCGGCGUCGCCAUGUCGUCCUCUGCCUUGCCGCUGCUCUUGCUGCUCCACAUACUGACGGUCGCCGUCUCGCCGUCCGGACACUUGCACAGAAAGGACUCUCAUCGGAGCAAGGAGCGGCUGCAGCAGCUGUCGCUGCGCCUGCACCGGUCGGCGUCGGCCGUGGAGCUGGCGUCGGUGCUGGCGGCGCACGACCCGGCCGCCUUCUGCGACAAGGACAUGCUGCGCUGGUUCCGCAGGCAAGCGCACGCCGCCAGGUCGCCGGAAGCCAUGGCUUCCUUCGAGGACCUUAAGCAAAAGUGCAGACGCAUCAAAGUCAGACGCCACCCCAGAAGGCUGUUAGGUCCGAAGAGAGGCGCAUCUUCUAAAGUGUCGCCGGAACAGCUGGUGUCGCUGCACCGCCGCCUGACGGGCCUGCGCUGCCAGCCGCGGCGCGCCAUGGUGACGCUCAACGUGACGCAGCACGACGCCAUCACGUUCCCCAGCUGCGUGGCCGUCAGGCGCUGCGCCGGCUGCGACUGCCCGGGGGACGGCGAACACUGCGCGCCCACCAAGACCGCCACCGUCAAGCGCAAGGUGCUGUCUGUAACCAGCCGGUUGCUAGCCAACGGGACGUUAAAGGAGAGCGUUCACGUCAAGGUUAUUCCGGUGGAGAGCCACGUAGAGUGCGGUUGUGUCUGCAAGGUGCAGCCAGAGGACUGCAGCCCGUGGCAGUGGUACGACGAGAACUCGUGCAGCUGCCAGUGCCGGCAAACCGCUGCGCAGGCGCACUGCCGGGGGGUGCGGCGCUGGAACCACAGGCGCUGCCUCUGCGAGUGCCGGUCGCCCCCUUUCUGCAGCACCGGUUUCCACGUCGACCCCCUCUCCUGCAGGUGCGUGCCAGAUCCUGACAACAACGUGGUCUGACGAAAAAUACAACUUAAAACAACAGUGAUUCUCUCGACCGACGCCAGAGGCCUGGAGAUGGUACAACGGGUGCAACGUACUCACUCUGACAAUAAACUAAAUUUCGGAGGAUACAGAGGAAGUUCUCUGUGGCUAACGUAAAUGCAAGAUUAAACCGACGUGGUAUUCUGAUAACUCGAGAGCCUGACAAUAAUGUUUUGUCCUCUACGGAUAAUGUUUGAACUUCUCACAGUGAUCCAUCGCUGAGAAAGACGGCGAAAAGGAAGCUUAUAUUAUACGUCUGCACAAAUCGUGGGUUAUAUUGCCAUUUUUUCGACGUGUAAAAACAAUCUCGGAACGUUGUUUAAAAAUAUUAUCACUGACUUUCCUUGAAGUGAAUGUCAUCCAUCAACUGUACAAUAUUUUUUGUAAUACAUCCAUACAAUAUAACUUAAAGUUUAAACUUUCUUAUCCUUAUAUUAAGACUGUAUUAUACACUAUGUGAUCAAAAGUAUCCGGAUACCUGACUGAAAAUGACUUAAAAGUUCGUGGCGCCCUCCAUCGGUAAUGCUGGAAUUCAGUAUAGUGUUGGCCCACCCUUAGGCUAGAUGACAGCAUGCACUCUCGCAGGCAUACGUUCAACCAGAUGCUGGAAGGUUUCUUAGGGAAUGGCAGCCCAUUCUUCACGGAGUGCUGCACUGAGGAGAGGUACUGAUGUCGGUCGGUGACGCCCGGCACGAAGUCGGCGUUCGAAAGCAUCCCAACGGUGUUCAAUAAGAUUCAUGUCAGGACUCUGUGCAGGCCAGUCCAUUACAGGGAUGUUAUUGUCGUGUAAAAGGUGCUCGAUGGUGUUGAAAGAUGCAAUCGCCAUCCCUGAAUUGCUCUCCAACAAUGGGAAGCAAGAUGUUUAAAACAUCAAUGUAGGCCUGUGCUAUGAUAAUGCCACGCGAAACACGUUUUCUCACCUCCUCCUGUCAUAGUACUUGCAGUGGAUCCUGAUGCAGUUUGGAAAUCCUGUGUGAUGAUCUGAAAGAUGUCUGCCUCUUGCAGAUUACGCCCCUCUUCAACUGUCGGCUGCGUCGGUCAGUCAACAGAUGACGUCAGCCUGUACGCUUUUGUGCUGUACGUGUCCCUUCAAGUUUCAAUUUCGCCAUCACAUCGUAAGCAGUGGACCUAGAGACGUGUAGGAGUGUGGAAAUCUUGCGUACAGACAUAUGACACACGAGACACCCAGUCACCUGACCACGUUCAAAGUCUGUGAGUUCCGCGGAGCACCCCAUUCUGCUCUCUCACGAUGUCUAAUGACUACUGAGGUCGCUGAUAUGGAGUACCUGGCAGUAGGUGCAAGCACAAUGCACUUAAUAUGAAAAACGUAUGUUUUUGGGGGUGUCAGGGCACUUUUAAUCACAAAGUGUACAUUUGGGUGUUUAUUGUCCAAUGUGGUACACGCCGACUGUAGAAUCUUACACGUAGUUUCAGAGAGUUUAUUUCUAAUUUUUAUCGGUGAACAUACGCACUAACAAAUGACAAACAUAUUAUGCUUUUUCUGUAUAGAAGAAUGAAAACGAAUUAAGACACCAAUUCCAAACACGAAACUGAGAAGAGACAACCUCUAGUGUUCGCUUCGUAAAACUUUGUACUUGAAGGAAGAGAAUUUUAACUCUUAACUUGCAUAGUUGCCCAUCAACUAACGCUUUAAGGUACUGAUUCACAUAUUUUCUAUCGAGAAACGAGAUUGGCGUUUCAGUGAAGGUUAGCUUCUUCAGUCUGAGUGAUCUGUAUACAAUGAGCAACGUAUUUGUCAAUACAACAAUUAACAAACAGGAUAAAUUAGUGGCUGCUGAAAAAAAACCAUGGACGUGUCACUUAUUUACUGCUAGUUGCAAAACUCUAAUGAAUGUACUUAUUAUUAUGAAAUACCCAUUUAGCUUUGUGUUCUAUUGAAUAAUAGUAUGGCCAUUACAAAAUAUUUCUUCAUUGGAA